AUGGCCGCUAACUCCGCCGCCGUGCAACCGGGUCGGGUUCGGAUUCUGAAAGAAGCGUCCAAAUCGGCUGGUCAAAAUAUGGGUCCCGUGGUCUACUGGAUGUUCAGAGACCAAAGGGUUAGAGACAAUUGGGCCUUGAUCCACGCCGUUGAGCAGGCCCACAAGGCCAAUGUCCCCGUGGCUGUGGCGUUCAAUCUGUUUGAUCAGUUUCUUGGCGCCAAAGCCCGCCAGUUAGGGUUUAUGCUGAGGGGUUUGCGACAAUUGCAUCGUGAUCUUGAAGAAACGCAUCAAAUUCCAUUUUUUCUCUUCCGGGGAAAUGCUGAGGACACUAUACCCAAUUUUGUGAGUGAAUGUGGGGCUUCACUUUUAGUAACGGACUUCUCACCCUUACGGGAAGUUCGGAAAUGUAAAGAGGAAAUUUGCAAGAGGGUUAGUGAUUUUGUGACAAUACAUGAAGUUGAUGCACACAAUGUGGUGCCCCUUUGGGCGGCAUCAGAGAAGUUGGAGUAUAGUGCUAGGACUAUAAGGAGUAAGAUAAACAAAAAGCUUCCAGAGUACCUAAUCGAAUUUCCAAUGCUGCAGCCACCAGUUACAAAAUGGGUGGGCACUAGUCGAUUGAUUGACUGGGAUAGCCUCAUUGACGAAGUUUUGAGGAAAGGAGCAGAAGUUCCUGAAAUUGAUUGGUGUGAACCGGGAGAAAAGGCGGCAAUGGAAGUUUUGAUGGGUAGCAAAAAUGGGUUCUUGACGAAAAGGUUGAAGGGUUAUUCGUCAGACCGGAACAACCCUUUGAAACCAAGAGGUCUCUCGGGUCUUUCUCCCUAUUUGCAUUUUGGGCAAAUAUCUGCACAGAGGUGCGCCUUAGAGGCACGUAGCGUCCGGAAACUCUGUCCUGAGGCAGUCGAUGCAUUUGUAGAGGAGUUGAUUGUGCGCCGAGAACUUGCCGAUAACUUCUGCUUCUACCAGCCUCAUUAUGAUUCAUUACAAGGGGCAUGGGAAUGGGCACGUAAGACUUUGAUGGACCAUGCUUUUGAUAAGCGAGAACAUAUUUACACUAAGGAGCAAUUGGAGAAGGCACAAACAGCCGAUCCUCUCUGGAAUGCCUCUCAAUUGGAGAUGGUUUAUUAUGGGAAGAUGCAUGGUUUUAUGCGGAUGUAUUGGGCAAAAAAGAUUCUUGAGUGGACAAGAGGUCCUGAAGAGGCCCUUGAAAUAUCCAUAUACCUAAAUAACAAGUAUGAAAUAGAUGGAAGGGAUCCGAAUGGGUAUGUUGGUUGCAUGUGGUCAGUAUGUGGCGUUCACGACCAGGGUUGGAAGGAACGUCCAAUUUUUGGGAAAAUACGUUACAUGAACUAUGCAGGCUGCAAAAGGAAAUUUGAUGUGGAUGGAUACAUUGCCUAUGUAAAGAGGCUUGGUGAAACCAAGAAGAGAAAAGCAGAGAGUCUACUUGGUAGAAAGGCAAAAGAACUCUGCACUUAUUAG